CCAAAGGAAGGAAAAGCCAAGUUGCAUUGCAAGAAAGUUGUACAUCCAAACUCUAGAAAAGCUACAAAGUUGGCGAGGCAAGCACACAGAGAUGAGAAACUUCAAAGGUGCGAUGAAUAUUUAAGUUUCUGUUGUCGUUUCAAGUUCCCAAUCCAGUUUGAAUUUAAUUUUUGGAAAGAUUUCCUUGUAACUCCAUAUAUACUAUUCUGGGAUAAAAUCUUAAUCUCGUAGGUAAUCCAUUUUUCGCCAUUAUUUGCCUUUAUCAAAGAAAUGAUUCACUUUGUAUCGCAGUCAUCUCAUAUACAAAACUGAAACAGAGAAAAACAUUGCUAAAACUGGAUUGAAAAUAUUGUGUAAACCUGAGUAUAAAUGCAAACUAACCGCAUUCAGCAUUUUUGAGAAAAGUCGACGGAAAAAAAAAAAGGAACAAGUGCACUUGACAGUCUCAAAAGGUAAUCUGGAUAUCUGAUAAUCGAUGAAUUUGAAUAAGUCCAAAAAAUAGGCAAAUCCAUCAAACCUGCUAUGCCUCGUUCUUACCUUGACAUUUUCAUAGAUUACCCUGAAAUCCAGAGGUUUAGGAACUGUAACCUGAAAGCUACGCACAAUACCUUUCGGGGUUGUUAUGAGCACUUUUAUACUUUUUUUUUUCCAACAACCUUUUUCAAAAUAGCUGUAUAGUGUCCAAAAGUUGUUUCCAAACAUCUGCAGCCGAUUUUCAGAAGUCCUUUCCACCAAUCACUUUUCUUGUUGCCAUUUGAUUGUAUUUAGGAAGAAGACUGAGAGGAACUAUCAUCUUCAAAUAAAAGGUACAGUUCUGAGAUGCUAAACUGAAAAUUCUACACUGCUUUUAUCUGAUUAUAGACUAAAAUCCAACACCAGGCAUUUUAUUGUACCAGUUCCCAGUAAGGUUAUCAUCAUGAGAGUGGUAACCUUAUUCAACCAUUGACUUCUGUAAGCAUGCUGGCCAUGCCAAUUCACCUAAUCAAUUUUGUUGGUUGGCUUUGUAAAAAGAUGUGUAACAUCCAGAUUAAUGAAUUUUGUAGAGAACUAAGGCAAUGGGUGCACUUGGCGAAUGCUUACUUAUUCAACCACUGAUAUAUUCAACAUGUCAGAUAUGAGUGGUUUCAUAUGAAGAUUGUGAUCAUUGGCAGAAAUUUCCCACUGGGGGGACACAAAGAUGAUUUUUAUCAUUCCAGCAGUAAGAGUGAAAAUGGAGUAGUGUAUUGUCUGCUUCAGAUCUAUGGCAGAGCAGUCUGGAAACUUUGUCAAAGUCCCCAUUCUCCAGUUUUGCCUUUUUAAAGCUUAUCCUUUAUUUUUUUUCAGUUGGAGAAAAGUUCAGAUGGUUUUUCGAGAACAUAAAUCAUGAUAAAACAGAGUAUUCGAGUUCUGAAGUGUGUGAACUCAUUGAGAGGUGGGUUACUGUCUUACAAGUGCAUUACUUUAUUCAUACCUGAUUCGUGAUUUUGGCAAGACAGUAUUUUACAGGGUUUUAUUCUUUGUAAUUUCAUUACUUAGAAAAUGUGAAAAAAGGGCUGUGAAUUUUGCAAUUCAAACAUUUGUAACUUUACCUUAUUUUUCAAAAUGUGUAAGCUUUUGAUGCCUGCACAAAAUUUGUACAAAUCUAAAGAUUAAAAUAAAGAUGAUAGCUAGAUUCUCUACUAUGUAACUAUGUGAAAUGUUUUCAGAUGAAUGUCAUUUCACAACAGAAGAUACAAAAUCGAACUUAUCAGUAGACAGAUUAAUAAUUUUUUGAUACAUGUACUGUAUAUUUUGUCGAUAUUAUAUACUGAAUUUUCUACAGGGAAUUAAAUUUUGCAGGUCUUCAAUUUUGCUUAGAUGAGCACCUGCUAUCUGCUGGCCAGACUUGCUGAAAUGUUUAUUUUAAGAAUGAAAAUAAUGAAGAUUAUUUUUGUUGUUUAGCAUGCACAAUCAAGAUAAAAAUAUGUUUUAAAGAACUGUAAAACUCUGAAUUUUCUUGAAUGCUCCACCAUUCACAAAUCUCACACAUCCAACCCAAUGACCUGACUUAUAGCAAUGAAACAUUCUCAUAAAUAUUUUCUAGGUAUUUACAUCGCUUUGACGAAGAGCUUCAACAAAUCAAUGAACAGAACAGUAUAAAAGGUAGACAAGGCCGAGCUCAUGCAUCAAGAGAGGACACACUGAGAAAUGUUAUUGAAUGGGAAAGGGAGCUGUACAACACUUGUGGAAUUGGUAGGUUAAUAGUUUUGGACACUAUUUUUGGGCAUUCUGGACAAUUGAUUUAUCACAUGCCAUAUUUAUUUGGCUAUAGGCUGAGCAAUUAUUUUUACACAAAUUAACGCUAAUAUUUGGUAAAAUCUGAGCUAUAGAAGGGGUUCGGAUUAUUGCCGAGAUUUUUCCUUAAAACAAAACUUUUUCAACUUACCAGCAAUUAAUUAUCGGUUAACGCUUUGCAAUUGCGUGUGUUUCCAGAGAAGUCAAUCUUGCUUUCUUAUACUUUUCAAUCCUUCUAAAUAUUCAUGACAAUCAGUGUGUUUCUUUGGUGAAGUCUCUGUCUUUCAUGAACAUUGUGUUCUAAGGUAGGUCUUGGCUUAUAGCUGAAUAUUUUGGCUAAGUUUUUUGUGAUGAUGCUGCUGAGUUUACAAAUUGGAAGUUUGGGGUCUUGGCUUAUAGCCAGGUAAAUACGGUAUUACCUAAUUUGCUCUCCUGCACCCCACCUGCAAUGAUCUUAGAAGGCAAAUGUGGAUCAAAAACUCACAGAAUCAUUGCACAGAUAUGAUUUAUUGAUUGAUACUUUAAGCCUUGUGUUUAAAACUGAGGGACUCAAUUACUGCUCUGUCUCAACAUUCUGAAGGGAUAAUUUUUGAAAACAGUUUCAACAAAAUGUACAAAGAAUUACUUGUCUCAGACUUUUUUCUUCUCCUUUAUGUUUUCCAAUUCCAAGCAACACAAUUUAUUUCCUUGUCUCAGUCUUAAUUGUGUACAAUUUAUGUCAUCCUAUUUCUAACGAUGAAAUUUCCGUUCUUUUUCUUCUGCACCCAGAGCUUCCAGACCUAACAUCUGCAAAAGUGUUGGCACAAUUUGGGUGAGUAAAAUGUCUUGAUUUGCUUUCUUUAACCCUUUCACUCCCAAGAUCUAAUUAGUAAUUCUCCUUACUAUCUGCCACACAAUUCUUAUGAUGUUAGUUCAGAGAAUUUGGUAUUGGAUCAACUAAUCAUCCCAUGGUUGACAUUCUUCUCUAUUCUCAUCACCUGCCUGCUUGAUAUUGUAUUGAUAUUGUAAGGAGAAAUUCUGUCUUGGUCACUUGUGGUAGUGAAAGGGUUAAGCAAGAAAAUACAUCUAAGUUACUGUAAGUAUGUCUCAGACCAGGAUCAAAUGUAGUUCACAUGUGCAGCAGGGUGUUGUGGACAUUAUGGCAAAUUACAGGGGAUUGUGAGCUGAUUGGGAACAGACAGAAAGAGACAAAAAAAAUAUUUGAAGAAUUAGGCUUGGGAAAUUCUGCAAUAACAAUAAUAACUGUAACUUACAUUCACCUUUUAAAGCCUAAGAGUGACCAGCAUCCAAAUUCUCCUGGCAGCAAUACAGCUGAAUCAUUCAUUAAGAUCAUGAGAUUGCUAACCUAAGAUGUUUUGAUUGUAAUACAAAUUCUCCUUGUCCAGACCAAAGUAAACAUAUAGAAAAGAUUGUGGAGAAUAUGGGUACUGAUCGAUGUUAGAGUGUAUAGGGUUAACUUAAUUUGAGCAACAAUAUCAAGUUCUUCCUUAGUUCACUGUAAAUACACAGACACAUGGAGUAACUAGGAAAAAAAUUGGUUAACCCUUUGACUCCCAAAAGUGAUUAACAUGCAACUUCUCCUAAUAAUAUCCAGUGUUCUCCAGAGGUGCUGGCAACUGGCUUUUUCGCCGGCUACUCAUGUCUCAAGCACCGGCUACUUUUGUCAAACAAAAUCACAGAAAAUUAUUCUCUUUUUUUUUCUAAGCUAAUUUUGAGUGUGGCUUGAAUUUGUGCUCUAUUUGGAAGUGCUGGCUGCUUUAUAAUUUUAGCUGACUACUUCAAAAUCUGUGGAGAACACUGAAUAUCCAUACUUUAUACAGCAAACAGGUAAUGAAAAUACUCAGACUUAUCAUGUCAAACUUGUCAUUUGAUCUAACACAGAAUUCUUGUCACUAAUUUACUAGGAAAAGUUUAACAGCUAUAGAGGAGAAUUAACAAUCAGAUCUUGGGAGUUAAAGGGUUAAUAUUUACAUCAAUAGGAGGAAACACAGUUGGCUAUUUACAAAGCAUAGUUGCAAAUUGAACUCAAAACUUCUUCAGAGUGAAGAUUUUUAACUUGGUACCUCCAGAUUUCAAAUCCUGCACCUUUCCACCAUUGCAUUUCUUCUAAAAAGGGUUUUUUCACUCUUUGCAAAGUAAAUGGUUAACUGGUCUAGGCUAAAUCGGCUAUUUUUUCAUUUUGUGCAAAAAUGUAUCAAAAAUGAUGAUUUUUUGCUGUGUUUGGCUGGAAUAUGAGUAUUUUAAUCUUACGUUUUCUCUUAGAAACUUUGAUUUAUUUUUGUUUUUUAGAGAAUGGAACUGCGAUGUGGCCAGCCUCAAGCUUAUCAGGAUGCGAAAAUUCAAAUCUUCAGCUCUUGAGAAGAAACAGGAGAGAAACGACAAUGAAACAGAUGAAAACCUUAAAGAAGGAAACAUUAAAACUUAA